GCUGAAGAAUUGGCCGUUGAGAAGAAAAUACUGUCGGAAACAGACAAAUAUAUAACGGAAGACGAAAUAUUAGCCAACUCUUGGAUCUUCUUUCAGGCGGGCUAUGAGACGACUGCCUCUACCCUUACAUUUGCUUCGUAUGAAUUGGCACUAAAUGAAGACAUCCAACAGAAGCUGUACGAAGAAGUGAUGUCUGCCGUCGACACCAAAGGAGAGAUUGAUUACGACCUGUUGGCUCGACUGCCGUAUUUGGAUGCAGUCAUCUCUGAGACACUAAGACUUCAUUCACCUGUCCUUAGACUCGGAAGAGAACUCGGAAGAGAGUGUUUGAAUGAUUAUAAAUUAGGCGACACAGGAAUUACCAUUAAAAAGGGACAGGCAGUCGAAAUACCCAUUAAUGCGAUCCAUCUCUCGGAAGAGUAUUACUCAUCGCCCAAUCGGUUCAUUCCCAACCGGUUUUUGCCUGAAAACCGGCAUAAGUUGGUUCCCUACACAUACAUGCCCUUUGGGGUCGGACCACGAAAUUGUAUUGGAAUGAGGUUUGCAUUAAUGGAGACCAAGUUAGGCCUGGCUCAGAUCAUCAAACGAUUCAAACUGUGCCGAAGCUCACAAACAGACGUUCCCCUCAACCUCAAGGUUCACCCGCUUUUGAAUACACCUAAACGGGUCAUCAUUUCUAUCAAAAGGAGAGAUUAA